AUGACUGCCAUCGAGUCCCAGGACAAGGUCUGUGAAUGGACCCAAACCCUAGAGACUGGAACUUCCUUCUCCCCUACUUCCCUAUUCCAUGGACCAACCUCUCUGGCCUGCACCAACAGCCCUGUUAACCAGAAGAUAGAGGCGCCUCCUGCCUGGCCCAAUGGAGACAUCUUGGAGGUUCGCCUCGGGGCUGCCCAGGAGUCGGCUAAGUGUUUGAAAGGAGCCUGGCUCCGGGGAGGUUUCUCCACGUCUUCACUCGAUGCUUUCUGGGGAGUAGAAAAGUCAGUGGCCUCUGCUGUGCGCCACUGCCUCCUCUCCGUGGGCAAAACCAAGUGCAGUGACAAGCGGCCUAAGGGAGAGGAUGAUGAUGAUGAUCUUCCUACUGGCUCAAAAUUCCAUCAGUCUGAGAUGGCCCAGCCCCUGGUCUAUGACCCAGCCCAUGCUGAGCAGAGUAGGAGUGGGAGGACAGAGGCCAUUUUCCCCCUGUUCUUUCUGAGUGUCCUAGGCACAUUCUCAGUGCUGGAGUCAGUGUUUGGCACUCAGCAGGAUGAAUCAGUGACGCCCUCAGUGCCCAAGGCGCUCUCUGACACUGCAGAUGGCAGACUGUGCUUGCAUCAUCUCACCCCCUGCCUCCUUUCCCUCUCUUGUUCCAUUACAGGCUACCUGACUGUCAGCAUUGAGCCGCUUCCACCAGUAGUGGUUGGAGAUGCUGUGACGUUGAAAUGUAACUUUAAGACGGAUGGCCGGAUGCGAGAGAUCGUCUGGUACAGGGUGACAGACGGUGGGACCAUCAAGCAAAAGAUCUUCACAUUUGAUGCCAUGUUCUCCACCAACUCUUCCCACAUGGAGAAUUACCGGAAGAGGGAAGACCUUGUCUAUCAGUCCACUGUGAGGCUGCCUGAGGUCCGGAUCUCCGACAAUGGGCCCUAUGAGUGUCACGUGGGGAUCUAUGACCGAGCCACGAGGGAGAAGGUGGUCCUGGCAUCCGGCAACAUCUUCCUCAAUGUCAUGUCUCCUCCCACCUCCAUUGCUGUUGUGGCUGCCGACACACCUGCCCCAUUUAGCCGCUAUCAGGCUCAGAACUUCACCCUGGUCUGCAUCGUGUCAGGAGGGAAGCCGGCCCCUGUGGUUUACUUCAAGCGAGAUGGUGAGCCCAUAGAAGCUGUGUCCCUGUCAGAACCCGCAGUGGGGACAGCCGCCCUCCACGAUGGCCAGGCAUUUCGUAGCCUGCUGCACCGUGACCAGGAUGACACUAAGAUGCAGAAAUCCCUCUCCCUACUGGAUGCCGAGGGCAGGGGUGGGCAUCCCUACACCGAGGGGCCCUUCCGGGGCCUGACCCCAGACCCAAGCCUUGUCCUCCAACCUACAACUGAGAACAUCCCAGAGACUGUGGUGAGCCGAGAGUUCCCCCGCUGGGUCCACAGUGCAGAGCCUGUCUAUUUCCUGCGUCAUAGCCGUGCCCCGGGCAGUGAUGGCACUGUGGAGGUGCGAGCCCUGCUCACCUGGACCCUCAACCCUCAGGUGGACAAUGAGGCCCUCUUCAGCUGUGAGGUCAAGCACCCAGCUCUCUCCAUGCCCAUGCAGGCUGAGGUCACACUUGUUGCCCCCAAAGGCCCAAAAAUCAUGAUGACGCCAGCCAGAGCCCGAGUGGGAGACACCGUGAGGAUCCUGGUCCACGGCUUUCAGAACGAAGUCUUCCCUGAGCCCCUCUUCACAUGGACCCGAGUGGGGAGCCGUCUCCUGGAUGGCAGUACAGAGCAUGACGGGAAGGAGCUGGUGCUGGAGAGAGUGCCUGCCGAGCUCAAUGGCUCCAUGUACCGAUGCACGGCCCAGAAUCCCCUGGGCUCCACCGACACCCACACCCGCCUCAUCGUAUUUGAAAACCCAAAUAUUCCCAGAGGAACAGAGGACUCCAAUGGUUCGGCUCCGAGCCCCGUUGGGGCCAGGCUAACUUGGGUGUUCGCCCUCACAGUGAUCCUCGAGUUGACGUGAAGGUCGGAGACCCCUCUCCUCUCGGUGGCUCCAUCCGCCAUCCACAUCUCCGUCCAUCGGUCGGAUUUCAUUUCUUUUCUAAAACUAUUUCCAAGUCUUGUUCUCGGUCUCUUUCUGUCUGUGUCUUGGCUUCCUCAGUCAGUUUAAUUAAAAGAAACGAAACCAUUUUCCCCUA